AUGGAUGGAGUGCACAUCGUCUACUGCAUCAGUCAUCUACUGAUCAGAAAGCUGCUGUGUGAGAAGAUAGGGCUUGCAUGGGACAGGUUUCGGCUGGAAAGAACAGCGAGGGGGAAACAGUUUUUGCCACAGACCUCAUUCACCCCCAGCUUCACCCACUGGAACUUCAGUGUGUCCCAUCAGGGAGAUUACACCGUGCUGGCAGGAGAACCAGGACACAAGGUGGGUGUUGAUGUGAUGAAGACCAGCAGACCUUCACUCUCCGUACAAGAGUUUCUCCGGAUCAUGAAUCCUCAGUUUACAGAUCUGGACUGGAUGAACAUCCGGAAGCCCGGAUCAGACUUGGACCAACUGGACAUGUUUUACAGGCACUGGCUGCUGAAGGAGAGCUUCAUCAAAGCGAUUGGCAAAGGGCUGGGCUUCGACCUGCAGAGGGUGGAGUUUCACAUCUCGUCCAAUCAGAUGCGAGAGGGGCAAGUGCACCAGCAGACACUGAUGUACCUGGACGGUGAAGAAGAGGACUGGACAUGUGAGGAGAGCUUAUUGGACAAAGAUCAUCACGUCGCUGUGACGCUGGGAAAACAGGAUAUCAGCACAUCAGAAGUGACUCCGCCCCUUUCUUUCACUCUGUUGAGUUUCAGUGAUCUUAGGUCUAAAGCCACGCCCCUUCUAGAGGAAGACCCCGCCUACUGGGAGAGAUUUCAGAGCAAAAAGGAAGCACCUUUAAGACGAAGUGAACAGCAGUGA